CUUCGGCACUCAUAAACUACAAGAUGGGUAUCAAAGCCCAACCACCUCUUUAUACAAUCCUUUUCUUGUCCGUGAUAGUAUUAGCCUCCGCAAGUCAGAACCGCGCUAACCCUCCCAAAAUUGAGCCUCCGGUAACCCCUCUACCUCCAAGUAAUGUAGAACCACCGACGCAUGACACUCCUUCACAAAUCCCAAUUAAUACCCCAUCUACAGAGUAUGAAACGCCUUCGUCCCCUCCAAUCCCAACCUAUACUCCUCCAGAGUAUGAAGCUCCAUCAUACACCCCAAGCCCCGUCUACACUCCAUCUCCAGAGUAUGAAACUCCAACAUACACCCCAAGCCCAACCUACACCCCUUCUCCAGAGUAUGAAACUCCAUCAUAUACUCCAAGUCCAGUCUACACACCAUCUCCAGAGUAUGAAACUCCAUCAUCCACCCCGAGCCCAACUUACACCCCUUCUCCAGUGUAUGAAACUCCAUCAUACACUCCAAGUCCCGUCUACACACCAUCCCCAGAAUAUGAAACUCCAUCAUACACCCCAAGUCCAACUUACACUCCUUCUCCAGAGUAUGAAGCUCCAUCAUACACCCCAUCUCCAGAGUAUGAAACUCCAACAUCCACCCCAAGCCCAACCUACACCCCUUCACCAGAGUAUGAAACUCCAUCAUACACUCCAAGUCCCGUUUACACCCCAUCUCCAGAAUAUGAAACUCCAUCAUCCACCCCAAGCCCAACUUACACCCCUUCUCCAGAGUAUGAAACUCCAUCAUACACCCCAAGUCCUGUCUACACACCAUCUCCAGAAUAUGAAACUCCAUCAUACACUCCAAGCCCAUCUUACACCCCAUCUCCAGCGUAUGAAACUCCAUCAUACACCCCAUCUCCAGAGUAUGAAACUCCAACAUCCACCCCAAGCCCAAGUUACACUCCUUCUCCAGAGUAUGAAGCUCCAUCAUACACCCCAAGUCCUAUCUACACCCCAUCUCCAGAGUAUGAAUCUCCGUCAUCCACCCCAAGCCCAACCUACACUCCUUCUCCAGAGUAUGAAACUCCAACAUCCACCCCAAGUCCCGUUUACACCCCUUCUCCAGAGUACGAAACUCCAUCAUACACCCCAAGUCCCGUCUAUACUCCUUCUCCAGAGUAUGAAACUCCAACAUCCACACCAAGUCCCGUUUACACCCCAUCUCUAGAAUACGAAACUCCAACAUCCACCCCAAGCCCAGUCUAUACCCCAUCUCCAGAGCAUGAAACUCCAUCAUACACCCCAAGUCCCGUAUAUACCCCAUCUCCAGAGUAUGAAACUCCAUCAUCCACACCAAGCCCAUCUUACACUCCUUCUCCAGAAUAUGAAACUCCAUCACCCACCCCAAGCCCGUCUUACACACCUUCUCCACAAUAUAAAACUCCAUCAUACACACCAAAUCCCGUCUACACCCCAUCUCCCGAGUAUGAAACUCCAUCAUCCACCCCAAGCCCAACUUACACCCCUUCUCCAGAGUACGAAACUCCAUCAUACACUCCAAGUCCCGUUUACACCCCAUCUCCAGAUUAUGAAACUCCAUCAUCUACCCCAAGCCCAACUUACACUCCUUCUCCAGUGUACGAAACUCCAUCAAACACCCCAAGUCCCGUCUACACCCCAUCUCCAGAGUACGAAAUCCAUCAUCCCACCCAAAAGCCCAACUUACAACUCCUUUCUCAGUAG